AACGAGGUUAUGUUUGGAUCUUCGAGCUGUCCAUUGUUAUGAAUUUUCAGAAUGGUGUAAACAAAAAUAAUGUUCAAAGCAUUCUCGACUUUUUUUUUAUUCAUCAGUGGGGUUUUCAUCUAUUAUCGUAUAAUUUCCCAACUAUCAACAAAAAUAGCUAUCUAUAUAAAAUUUUCAAGUCCUUUUCCGAAGUAGUCAGACAUGUUUCGAUUGCAAACGGGUUUUGUAAUGUUUUAAACUUAUUGUAUUAACAAUCUUUUGUACGCUGGUUUUUCUUUUAAUAUUUGGCGCUGAGCUGCUACCGCAUUUCUUGAUUAUAAAAUAAUAAUCAAAUUUCAAUCCGCAAUUGCCAUUAAUUACUCUAUACACAGUUAAAUUAAGCAAUUGCAAGUUAUAUCAGCUCCAAAUAUUUUCUAAACCUCACAUCCUUUGGUCUAGAUUCGUGGCAGCGACUCUGAAAUAAAAUCUGUCCAGUCCUGUUUCAAGAAACUAUGGUAUGGAAUCAAAUAAGUAACUCAUUUCCAAGGAAAUGUGCAAUAAAAAGCUACUGAUGGUGCUUGACAUAAAAUAUUAAGUAGGGGAAGAGAGUCUGGUGUCUUCAGGGAAUAAGGCGACAUAAUGUAUAACGAGUGGAUUAUCUGACCUUCGUGGCCAAUUUAAUUCAAAGAAAUCGUGAUGAGCUCAGCUUCAUCCUCCAAUCCAGGAAUGGGACGAACAAGUCGAGAAAAAAAUCCCCGAGAGGGCAUCAAAGCAGAGCCAAAUGCUGAUCCUACAGAUUCUGAGGGUCCAAUGGAUUUGUCAAUGCCAAGGUAUGGCAACAGAAAAAAAGAUACACGAAGUUCGAAUUGUUAUUUUGUUGCUGGUCGGAGGAAGCAACCGUCAUCAUACGACGUCGAUGCGAAUGAGCAGCCGAUAGAUUACAGUAAAAAGUAUGUUGAGUCGAACGCUGUGAGCGCAGUGAAGACAAAUUACGUGCCGAGAAAUUCGUUAAACAAAGUAAAGAUUGACCAUAGAGAGAGGGAAAAAGGAUUUUCACAACAAGACAACAAAGCCUAUCCUUAUGGGGUUUAUGCAGAAACUGAUUUGGAUCAACCGACUGAUUACAGUCUUCGCUACGCUGAAGACGACACUGAUGACGAAGAAAAGCAGAGUGAUGCUUAUUUCAAUGGAAACGAGCAAGAGGACACGGUGAAGACUUAUUGCACUGAAGGAACACCCUAUGAAACUCCUUUCAACGUUUCCUCUGCCACUUCCAUGUCAGAUCUGCGUCUCGAAGAGACAAAAGAUGGUGAAGGCUUGAAGAGGACUGGCAGAAAAAAUGUUCAAGAUCCUCGCAAAGAAAUAACUGUGAAACAGCCGCCACCCUGUGAGGAACUGGAAGAAGAGAAGGAAGAGGAGAGCGAAAUUUUGACUAAAGAAUCAAAGAACAUAAGUAACGAACUCGUUCUCAAUUCGAGCAGCACUUCCAUCGAAAAACCUGUUAACUAUUACGACGAGGGAACUCCUGGCAGAAUUUCACGAGUUAGCUCGUUGAGCUCAUUGGGUUGUACAAACGAACCGAGAAACGAGGAUAUCAAAGAAACUCCGGAGGGUAUUCAAGCUCAAACUCCGACUGCACUUCCGGUCUCUCCUAUUUCCACUGUUAACCAAUGCACCAAUGAAAUUGAAAAUGCCGAAAAUCUUUCUAUCGCUGUUGCUGAUACGAUGAAUGAUGAAGAAGCUGCCAUUAGUGGUAUGGAAGAAGAAAAGGGUGACGCGAGGAGUGUCGACAAAGAAGGAAAAGUAGUGACAUUCGGUGGUGAAGAUCACUAUGCCGAACAAACUCCUUUAAUGUUUUCCCGAAGCAGCUCUCUAGGAUCUUUGAGUGGUUUUGAGCAACAUUCGAUUCACGAUGAUCGAAGUUCUAUAGUCAGCGAUUUCAGUCGACGAACCAGCGGAGUAGUUUCUCCGAGCGAACUUCCAGAUUCUCCGACUCAAACCGUUCCUCCGAGUCCGCGGCACAAUCAGAAGAACAAUACGAAUGAUUUUUCAAACCGAGCUCCGCCGUUGCGUCAUUUUUCUUACGCCAAGAAUCCUCGAUCGAAAUCGAGUGUUUUCGAGGACAACAUAACAGCAUUUAAAGAGGAAUCAACACCACUGGAAUUCUCAGCAGCGACAAGUUUGAGUUCGUUGACGAUUGACGACGAACCAAAGAUUCUAAUGGAUACAAAAGAGAAAGAUUAUACGGAAGAGGCUCGAACCGUUGAACAGUUUUUGGUCAAUACAUCGAACGAAGUGGAGAGCGUGGAAGGGAACGAGGUCAAGAGCAAAAAAGAGGAACAUCGAGACAGUCAAAUUGAUCGUACGAACCCGGAUGAAACGAGCGACGGGGACGAGGACGAUGAGGACAUUCUCGCUGCUUGCAUAAGCAUGGGAAUGCGCAACAGCAUGUACAAACAAUCGAACACUAAAAUAGCUGAAAAUUCUGAAAACACUGAAAAUCGGACUUCCUCGGGGGAUUCAACGACGAAUUUAGUUCGAUAUGAAACCAGUUCGACUCUUGACUGUCUCGUCGCUGACGUAGCCGCAGUUUCACUUUCGCCUUGUGCAAAAAUAAAAAAUUCCAUCGAUGUCGUUGUUCCUCUCGAUACCGUACGAGUUUAUUGCACCGAAGACACACCCGCUAGUAUUUCACCUGUUGGCUCCCUAUCCAACCUUUCCGCUUUGUCGAUGCUUAGUAUUUCUGGGGAUAUUGAAAAAGAUGAUCGAAAUCGUUUAUCUGAAGAGUCGGACGAUGAUAAAAUAUUGGAUGACUGCAUCAGAGUCGGCAUUGAGAGAUCUCUCCGUGGAGCUAAUCGAUUCUCUGGUUCUGCAUCCGUUACGGAGCUCAGUUCACCGAGCCACGUGGUCGAGUCAAAAAAAUGCCAUGACGAUGAAAAGAUUUUAGAUCAUUGCGCUGAAUCUGGCGGAGCGAAGUCCAUGUCACGAAGCAAUUCGUUCUCAGAAACUGCGAGUGUAACAAAAAAUCCUUCGCCACUUCACAUACCUUCGAUGAAAAAGUCUGAACUCCACUUACCAUGUCUUCUUGAUUCUCGGAAAAAUUUUUCCAUGAUUUCACCGCUCCCAUCUCAAAAUAGCGAAACUCCUUCUUGUCAUACAUCUUCAAGACAAAAUCCCGAUUGUGUCAACCAAAAUGCGUCUAAUUAUGAUGAUAAAAAAAUUUUGGAAGAGUGUACAAGAGCUGGAAUUACGAGAAGUGUACACGGAGCUAAUUCAUUUCCGGGUACCGCAGCAGUUACGCGUUUCAAUUCGCCAAGUCACGGAGCAUCGACGGGGGUAGGUUACGACAGUGAUCAAAUUUUGGAAGAUUGUAUAAAAGCCGGAAUGGCGAGAGGAUUGCAGGGAAGCAGCUCGUUACCGAGCACUGCAGUUCCAACAAAACAUCAUUCCCCACGUCACGUACCUACAACGAAGAAAUCUCAACUGCACUUGUCAAAGUUCAUUGAAAAUCGUCAAGUUUUUUCAAUGUCUCCCCCAGCUUCAGUUGCAGCAAAAUAUGAUUACGUUCGUCAGCUUUCUACUGAUACGUCAAAUUCGAUCUCCGUGGAUCACGACACUUCGGGAGACGACGAUAAAAUUUUGGAUGAUUGUAUAAGAGCCGGAAUCGCUAGAACUCUCGGAGGACGAAUUUCGUUUCCAACCAAUUCGGCCAAACAUCAUUCACCGCGCCACAUAGCAACAUCAAAAACAUCAAGAUCCCAAGUGCCACGGUCUACGGACAAUCGCCAAGUUUUCUCAGGCUCCAAAUCAUCUCCAACUAAAAGUAAAGCCAACUCAUCGAAUUUCGAUCGUGAUACUUGGGGAGACGAUGAUAAAAUGUUGGAUGAAUGCAUAAGAGCUGGAAUGGCAAGAACGAUGCACGGGACUAAUUCAUUCCCAGGCAGCGCCCUCGGAACAAAAUCAAAUUCUCCACGUCAUACGUCUUCGACUAGAAAAUAUCAUGACGAAAAUAAAACCUCGGACGAUUCUAUACGAUUUGGAAUCCCGAGAACUCCGCAUGGAAGUAAUUCGUUCCCUGGUACUCCAGUUGCUACGAAACAUAAUUCACCGAGGCACAGCGUCUCGAUAAAGAAAUCCGAAGCGUAUUCGCCGAGGGUGAACGAUCCUCGUCGAGGUUAUUCGAUACCUUCUUCGUCUCCAGCGAAACGCAACGAUGUAGCUGAUCGCCGCAUGUCUUCCGCAAGGUCAAAUAUUUCUGCCGUGGAUCACGACACUUCGGGUGACGAAGACAAAAUCUUGGACGAUUGCAUUAAAGUUGGGACUGCCAGAACGUUACAAGGUGCUGUUUCGUUUCCAAACACAGCAACGAAACAUCAUUCACCACGCCACGCAUCAGCAACGAAAAAAUGCCAAGAAUACUCUGCGAAACAAGCAUUUUCAACGUCUUCGCAGUCUCCAUCCAAGAGUAGAGACGCUUCCUCGCGUCGCAUAUUUUCUAAUCGCACAAACUCCACGGUUGUCGAUCACGACACUUCCGGGGAUGAUGAUAAAAUGUUAGACGAGUGCAUCAAAGUUGGAAUCGCUAGAACUUUGCAGGGAGCUGUUUUGUUUCCCAGCACUGUAACCGUUCCUAAAACUCACUCACCCCGUCACGUAUCCUCGGUGAAAAAAUCCGAAGCCUAUUCAACUAGAAACGUUGACUCAAGGCAAAAUUUUUCUAUGCCUGUGCCAUCGUCCCCACAAACGAGUGGCGGCUCCUCGUCUCAUAAUAUUCCGUGUUCGAGAUCGAAUCCUGCUACUCUUGAUUUCGACACUUCCGGGGAUGAAGAUAAGAUCUUGGACGACUGUAUAAAAGUCGGGAUCGCAAGAACGCUGCAUGGGACAAUUACUUUUCCGAGCAAUGUUACAAAAUCGCAUUCACCACGUCGCGGGCCUUUGACGAAGAAAACAGAAAUAUACUCGUCGAGUAACGCCGACUCUCGUCAAGGGCGUGUUAUGCGUUCACCUUCUCGAGUAAAAAGCAACGGAAGUAGUAUUGGUCGCACAUCUUCACCGAGAUCACAUUCUAAUCAUGAUCAUAUUUCGUACGACCAGAGUCCUAAUCAAUCGGAGGAUGAAGCGAUACUCGCGAAAUGCGCGCAAACUGCUAUGUCUAAGGAAUGCAGAAAUUCUUUAUCAUUUUCAAAACCUCAAAUUUCACGAAAAAUACCAAAACCAAUGGCGAGAGUUUCUAAUCCAGAGUCCCCCUGUUCCUCGACCCGUGUGACGACCGAAGUUUUUCGUACUUCAGUAACGACAAUUUUGAUACCAGCAAGACACCGAGGCGAAGAAUGUUUCGGCGACAAUUCUAGUAUCUCCGAAGAAGAGGAAGAUUUGAUGCUGGCUCAAUGCAUACGUUCCGGGAUGCCAACAGCUUCGAGUAUGCCUUCGAAAAACUCAAAUUACCAGCGCGAAGAGAGAAGAACAAGGGAACAAUAGUUACACGCGACGCAAAUAUUUUUAACAUGUUUAAAAAUAUUCGAAAUUAUUCUUUUAGUAUGAAAGAUGGCACAGAUAUAAUUCUUCAAAUAUCGUUUUCAAAACAAAGUUUAAAGAUCGAAAGUUCACGAGAUCGAUUUUUUAAUCGAUUCAUUACUGGACCAUGCAAAUACAAGUAUAAAUUUACGCGAAUCUUUUUUUUUCGUGGAGGUAACUUUAGAUAGCAACCAAGUGUGAAUCAUCAACUCACAAAUAUUAUAUUAUUAAAAGACUUUUCAUCACUGAGUAUGAAUAUAAAUAUGCUGUUCAUCGAAAGAUGAAAAUUUUAUUGAAAAUUGUCAACCACGCCCACACACAGCAAGACAAAUAAGAUUUGAUCGUCGACGGAUUUCCAGUAGGAAAUUUUAGCAAAAAAACGUCUUUCGAAUGAAGGACAAUGAAAAAGAUUUCGUUGA